GAGGGCUUUUCGAAGAAGUACAUGAUGAGUACUUCUCUAGAAAACGCUUAUAUAAUCCAGAAUGACCAUUCAAUUUUUUUUUUUUUGGGGAUAAAUAUUUCUGUAUCAAAAUCUAAAAUUCAGAUAUGCAAAAAAAAAAGAAAAAAAAGCUAAUUAAGGGCAAUUUGGUGGAUGAGUGUUUCCACUUCCAGACAAUCGAUUAACCAAGUUGCCUAUCCCAAGAUCGUCAAAUAGUCGCUUCAGUCUUUCACUAAAAACCUUGUGUCAGGGGUAACAGUACCCAAAAUGACCAAAAAAAAUUACAUUUUCCACAAAAUCAAAGUCUUUUUAUUGGUGCAUGCAAGACAUGGGCUACAGAGAAAUGUAGUGUGGAAAAGAAACAGCAUUUGUUUCCGCCAUGUCUAAAAUAAUAUAAAUAGCUUCCAUUAAUUGAGCCUCUUCCUCUGUCAACCACCACUCCUCUCUUCUCCUGUGCUUCUUGCACAGCAUCAUCCCCCUUUCUUCACUGUAACAAACAUCAGAAGCAUCAUCAUCCUUCAAAGACUGAUCAUCUGAUGGCUCCUGCAAGCAGAAGCUACCAUGUACAUGGCCGCAAAGUUGCAAUAAUCACUGUGGCUUCCAUCUUUUUGCUCACAAUUCUGCUUCCCAACUCAGUGGAUUCUCUGCAUUCAAGCAACAACAGUGAGAGUGAUGAUGAUGAAUUCAGGCAAAGCAAAAUGGUUUUGGGUUCAAGGCCUCCUGGAUGUCAAAACAAGUGCUUGAAUUGCAGGCCUUGCAUUGCUACUCUGGUCAUCCCAGUUCACAAAACAAAGCGCUUCAGCUUGUCAUCUCAUGGAGAAGAAGAUGACAGUUAUUAUUUGCUUUCAUGGAAAUGCAGAUGUGGAAAUAAGCUAUUUCAACCUUGAGAUCUCUUAUUCUUCACCUGUCCCUUUAUAGAAACUAGCAUAUAUAUACUUAUUAUUAGGUGAACCUUCUGUUCUACCUAAGCUGUCAAGGUCUGAUCUCUCUAGCUCAUGCAUGGUGUGCUCUGAAAAGAUAAGACUUCAAAAAAGAAAAGUUUAGAAAUCAAUCAUUUAGAUGUGCAUUGUGCACCUGUUAUGUGUUUGUAGAUACUGAUUAAUUAUAUAUUAAUUUCUAUCUAUCAGUAUCAACUGCUGCUUUGUUUUA